AUGGCAACUUUUAGUGGUUUAGAAAUUGGUUUGAGUUUUGUAUGUGGGUGUGUUCUCUUAGGCUGUGCUGCAGAGCUCUACUAUAUUCUAUGGUGGAAGAAAAGAAGAAUUGAUAUUGAAAACCAAAAUCUAAAGCUAUCUUUUUCUUCUUGUUCUUCCAAUUAUACCCCUACUCACCUCUCCUCCUACAUUUCCUGUUGGAAAAACCUUAAUUCUUCAGAACCCACAAAAACCCAAGAAAAACAACAAGAUCCAGAGAUGGGUUUGGUGGAAGAUCUGGUUUUAAUGGGUUCUGAAGAAGAAAGUUUCGAUCUUGAACUCAUGAGGCUGCAUAAUCUCCAUGGACCUCCAAGGUUUUUAACCACCAUUAAUGAAGAAACCAAAGAGGAUUUGGAAUCAGAGAGGAGCAGAAAAGGGUCAAGAACCAGAAGUUUGAGUGAUCUUCUUGUUCAUUUCGAUACCCCACAAGCUUCACCGUCAUUUAAGGCGUCACAGUUGCUAAAUCCGGAAAGUUUUCAAUUUCAUCACCAUGGAUUUAAUCCGCUUUAUGAUAUUGAUAUUAACAAGGUCGGAUCUUCACCACCUCCCACGUUCAAGUUCUUGAGAGAUGCAGAGGAGAAGCUUUUGAGAAGACUGAUGGAAUUAGAGUCUGAAAAAGAGGCGAAUUCUUCUGCGAAAAUGGUGGAGAAAGAUGGCUCUCUAAAAUUGGUCGAAAGUAAGGGAAAGAUUCAACAAAGUCAACAAAUUUCAGCUGCUUCAAAGGUACUUCCAUUGUCGUCUUCGCCAUCAAACAAUGAGUGA